AUGGCUUCAACACCAACUUUAUUAAUAGAUGAAUGUAUUAAUUUGGAAGGAAUUUCCCUUGUAUGGGUGAAUAUACAUUUACAAGAGUCCAAUGAUGCUCAACAUCGUUUACAACCAUGGUUUAAUCAUCAAGAAAUGUUCGUGGAUCAAGCUGAAUUUGAAAACUAUAUUCUUCAUCAUGUAUCAGAAGAUGAUCGGCUUGUUCUUGUAAUUCGAGGUAUAUUCACCGACAUGGAUACACUUAUUGCAAAGAUACAAGAUCAUCAUAAUCAAAGACAAAGAUGUCAAGAUAUUGAUACAUCAUUUGCAUUCAACAUUUUCAAUAUUUAUAAUGAUAAUAAGACUGAUCGAUCAUCUUCAGAUCUCAAUGCUCAAUUUCUUCAUUCAUUGUUGAUACUUGAUGUUCUUUUACGAAUGAAAAAAACAUCAUCAACUAACACUAAUGAAUUAAUUCAUUUGUAUAGUAAAGCAUACAAUGACAAUCCAAUAGAACUUAAUGAUAUAAAAAAUUUCAUUCUUACAUAUUCACCUAAUCAAGCUCUUUGGUGGUAUACAAGUAAUACUUGUCUGUAUAGAAUAUUAAAUAAAGCAUUUCGUGUUGAUAAUAUUAAUUUAUUAUAUAUCUUUCAUUCAUUUAUUCAUGAUCUUCAUCAACAACUUCAAAAAUGUCAAUGUAAAUCCUUCGUUCGUGUUUAUCGUGGUCAAUUAAUAACACAUGAUGAAUUAAAACAUCUUCAACAUUCGAUUGGUCAUUAUAUAUCAAUGAAUUCACUUCUUUCUACUAGUCUUAAUCGUAGUUUAGCUAUUUUCUAUUUAGGUGAAACAAAUAAUUCUCGUAUGAAAUUAAAACGAAUUCUAUUUGAUAUUGAUGCUGAUCCACAAAUUGAUGGUAUAAAACCAUUUGGUAACAUUGGACAAUUUAGUGCAUUUCCAAAUGAAGAAGAAGUUCUCUUCAUGCCUCGUAGUAUUUUUCAACUUGUCGAUAUUUCUUAUGAUCAUAAUGAGAAUAUUUUUAUUGUUCGAAUGAUAUUAUGUGGUGAUAAACAAAAUCAUUUUAAAGCAAUCUAUGAACAAAAUCGAAAUGAUUAUGGUGGUAGACAACAUAAUGAAACUAAUCUAAUGACAUUAGGAAAUGUAUUACAAAGAAUGGGAAAAUUCGAUGAUGCAGAAAUGUUCUAUCAUCGACAACUUAAUGAACUAGAUCAUAUCAAUAAUAGUGAUAAUCGAUUGAUGUCAGCAUGCUAUUUCAAUAUUGGUGAGAUAUUACGUGAAAAAGGCGAGUACAAUAAGAGUAUGAUAUGGUAUCAAAAAUCACUAAAUAUCGAUAUUAAAACAUUACCAAAUGAUCAUCCAAAUAUAGGCAAUACAUAUAAUAGUAUUGGUAUUGUACAAGAAAAGACAGGUGAUUAUGAAAGUGCUUUAGAUUCGUAUAGUAUAGCAUUGAAAAUAGCUUUACAUACAUUUGGAUGGGACCAUACACGAGUUGCUCUAUGUUUAAAUAAUAUGGGUAAUGCAUAUCAAGCACUAGAUAACUAUUUAGAAGCUUUAGAUUGUCAUCGAAUAGCAUUAAUGAUUCGCAAAAAAAAUCUUCCAUCUAAUCAUCAUCGAUUAGCUGCAUCACAUAACAAUAUUGCUGUUGUUUAUCAUCGACUUAGACAUUUCGAUCUUGCUUAUGAAUAUUACAAAGUUGCUCUUGAUAUCAAUCGAAAAUCAUUACCACCACAUCAUCCUGACAUAAGUAAAAUCGUGCGAAAUAUUGGUCUUUUACACGAGUAUGAAGGCAAUUUUUCACAAGCUUUAAUCGAAUUUCAACAGGAAUAUUACCAUCGUUGUCAAAUAUAUCAAUCAAAUUCUGUUGAUAUUUUGGAAAUCGAACAAGAUAUCGAAAGAAUAAGAAACAAACUUCUUUAA